GCAAGCGCCGAGGAGGAUGACGAUUGGUUGCCUUCUUUCCAAGGCGAGGCUGCGCGCACAAGGCAAUUCACGGCUCAUGGUAGCCGAGUGAGCACGCGAGCCCGACAAGGGGGACGGGGGGUUGAGCUGGUGUGCGGCGUUGCGGCUUUCUGUGCGAGAGGAACUCACCGCUCUUUGCUCGUCUUCGGGGAACAAACUCUGCUGCAGUCUCGUGGCUCUCGGGAUGUUCGUCGCGCGCAGCAUUGCGGCCGAUCACCGCGACCUCAUCCACGAUGUCUCCUUUGAUUUCCACGGGCGGCGAAUGGCGACCUGCUCCAGUGACCAGAGUGUGAAGGUAUGGGACAAAGGUGAAAAUGGAGAGUGGCAUUGUACGGCUAGCUGGAAGACGCACAGUGGCUCUGUGUGGCGUGUGACAUGGGCGCAUCCAGAGUUUGGACAGGUCUUGGCAUCCUGCUCUUUUGACAGAACGGCUGCUGUAUGGGAAGAAAUAGUAGGAGAAUCAAACGAUAAACUGCGAGGACAGAGUCAUUGGGUGAAGAGGACUACUCUGGUGGACAGUAGGACAUCAGUUACAGAUGUAAAGUUUGCUCCCAAGCAUAUGGGUCUUAUGUUAGCAACAUGUUCAGCAGAUGGCGUUGUUAGGAUAUAUGAAGCUCCAGAUGUUAUGAAUCUUAGUCAGUGGUCCCUUCAGCAUGAAAUCUCAUGUAAACUAAGCUGCAGUUGUAUUUCGUGGAAUCCUUCAAGCUGUCGUGCUCAUGCUCCUAUGAUAGCUGUAGGAAGUGAUGACAGCAGUCCAAAUGUCCUAGCAAAAGUUCAGAUUUAUGAAUACAACGAAAAUACCAGGAAGUAUGCAAAAGCAGAAACUCUUAUGACUGUCACAGAUCCUGUGCAUGAUAUAGCAUUUGCUCCGAACCUGGGGAGGUCCUUUCAUAUUUUAGCUGUAGCUACCAAAGAUGUCCGGAUUUUCACACUAAAGCCUAUCAGAAAAGAACUGACUGCUUCAUCCGGACUGACAAAAUUCGAAGUUCAGUUAGUGGCUCAGUUUGAUAACCAUAAUUCCCAAGUUUGGCGUGUAAGCUGGAACAUUACAGGCACAGUGCUUGCCUCAUCAGGAGAUGAUGGUUGUGUAAGGCUGUGGAAAGCUAACUACAUGGACAAUUGGAAGUGCACUGGAAUUCUGAAAGGUAAUGGAAGUCCAGUCAACGCUAGUUCCAGUCAGCAGGGAGUUUUUAAUGCUCCUUUGGGCACAGCCAAUCCAAGUCUCCAGAAUUCAGUCAAUGGGACAUCUGCUGGCAGGUAUUUCUUUCCCCCUCUGGAUUCCCCACGGGCUGGAUCAAGGUGGUCCAGUUAUGCCCAGCUCCUACCUCCUCCUCCUCUGAUAGAGCACUCUUGUGAUGCUGACACUGCCAAUCUCCAGUAUCCUCACCCUCGCAGACGAUAUAUCUCUCGACCUCUUAACCUGUUACGGGAAAAUGAAGGGGUUUAAUACACAUUUAAAGCUGUCUAAAGGGCCUUAUUCAGAUGCUUGUUAAAAUGCUUCAUUUUCUGGCUGCUUCGGUGUUUUGUUUUGUUUUUGCGUGUUCCCACCUGAAUUAAGGUUUUGGAAGUCGUGUUUUGAAAACCAAAACAUGGUAUUUGGAGUCCAACAAGUUACUGUGCUUCCAUCAAGGUAUUAGCCCUACCAUCAGCCCUUUUGAAUUAUAAUGAAACAAACAAGUAGUGCUAAUUAUGAGUUACCCACACCGACUAAUUCAAAAUGCUUCCAUAAUUUUUUUAUACUCAGUUGCUUGGGAUCUUUGCUCUUUAAUGCUUUAUGUUGAUAUCCAUCAAUUUGGUAAUAUAUCUUUAAACUUAAAUUAUUCUAGAAUGUGAGGGGAAAAUAUUUUAAAUUCUUGAGCACCAGCAUCACAGUUGCUAGGUGACAAGAUCCUUGAAACUCUUCUAGCACUGGGUAUGAGUAUUGAAAUGGAAUACUGAAGUAGAGGACGCUGUUCGUGCUGCAUUCUGCAGCAAAACAGAAGUCAAAGGCUUUAGUCACUUUUAAAACUUUUCACCUUCAUUCAUAACACCAUUUACACUACAUUGUUUUAUAAAA